UUUUAUGAGCUUUAUCAAUUGUCAUCACAAACACACCGAAAUUUGCAUUUUUAAUUGUCGCGGUCCUUUUUCAUUAUUUAUUUAGACGUAGCAAAUCUCUUAAAUUAAUUUGGUCAAAAUGCAACGCUACUAUGGAAGUGACGAGACAUCGCAAGAUUCUAUGAAUCGUACUACCAGAAGUGCAAACAAAAUUGAGAAACGAUUAACCGUAGAAAAUUCAAAAUUCCUCGCUGACUUCGAUCCGGAGAAAUCGGGACGAGAGCGUCGAAAAUUGACAAGGAAAAGUUAUGUUGCACCAUCGGCUCCAUCCAGAAACCAUAGUCUUUUUGAUGAGCGUGGCAGAUACAGAAAUACGAAUGCCGAUUUAUGCGAUUGUUUGGAAGAUUGUCCGGGUUGCCACUAUCCAUGCCCUCAAUGUGCGAGUCCAAAAUGUGGUCCCGUUUGCCGCGUGAACAGAAAAUGGGCGUAUGAGGUUAUUGAACAUGAUGGAAAGGAUUUGGUAAUUCAUAACAAGAACUGCGUGUCGUAAACUAGUUAAUUAGGUGUGUUAUCAUUGUCAUAUUGAGAGAUCGUGUGUUCUACUGUGCAUCCAUCUUGGUGUUUCAGUGUUUAAUUUUUUUAAAUAAAUUUUUAGUUCUAAU